AUGCCUACGACAACCGGCGCGCUGAGGAUGAAGGUCCCAAAAGAAAAUGCCGCUUCUGGGCUGCACUUUUACGAGCCCAGCACAUCUAAGCGCAUUCCCAACAUCUCGAAGCACAUUUCGUCCAGCUUAGAUCCCCGAGGCUUCUGUGGCGCUUUGGCCAAUUGUGAGUUUGGCCGGGACGAGGAGUUUUGCAGCAGUCCGGGCCUCUCCGGAUUUCAGUUUCCAUUGCUUCAAUCGGCUUUAUAUUGUCAUGGUCUUUUCCCUUGUGCAUUCCUGCAAAAGGUGGGUGCUACAUUGAUGCAAGUGGCCCGGCACGCACGUUUCCGACAUGUUCCGGUGCCUCAAGAUAUGCAAAAGGUUGAAGCAUCCUUUGGGGAGUGUCUCAGGCAAAGGCGUGGAGGCCCUGGAUUGGGAUGGUUUCGAAGCUGCCUCCUGGCUUCACAUCGAGGCGCGCAGCGCACGUUGCAAGUAUGUCGUCUGGGGCUGUAUGUAGUAUGCAUCAUUUGUAGAAACAGCAACUUCUUACAGCAGGCCGCCCAGGAUUCGUCAGCUCUUCGCGAUGGGCUACUCCAAAUGUUUAGGCAUUUAGGCAACAAGCACAGCAUUGGCGGUGAGAAAAAACUACUGAAGUUGGUGAAACAGGAGCAAAGACGAAUGCAGAGUUACGUAAUUACGAUCAAUCAGUCGUGCUUGCAGUUUCUCUAG